CUCACCGCGGGCCGACUUCCACGCUGCUGGCGGCGCGUGUGGAACACUUUUCUUGGGUCUCUCCUGCUCGUUUAACCGCCAAACUCUCCAACUUCGCGAUCUUUCACCUUUAUUUCCCUUUCAUUGACGCAACAUACACUACCGCUUCUAGCUAACCGUUUUUGACUCUUAAAGCUCGUUUUUAUCUCUAUUUUAUUCAUCCUGUGCAUCUCGCGUUCUGUGUUUCGCAGGGUUCACGUGGAGACCGUUCUUUAAACAGCAAGCCUGUUAGCUUUAGCUUUUAGACAAGAAAAAAUGGCAACUUUAGCUUCUCUGAUUCUGGAAGAUGGAGAAAGAUUUAGGGGGCGACUUUUUGGUGCGAAUGUGUCUGUUUCUGGAGAAGUUGUGUUCCAGACCGGCAUGGUGGGUUACCCUGAGGCUCUGACGGACCCCUCCUACCGCUGCCAGCUGCUCACUCUCACUUACCCUCUCAUCGGCAACUAUGGAGUACCAAACGACAAAGAGGGAGAGUUUGGACUUAGCCAGUGGUUUGAAUCUUCCAAGAUUCACGCUGCAGCUCUGAUCAUCGGAGAGUUGUCUGAGGAUCCCAGUCACUGGAGCUCAGUAAAAUCACUCGACCAGUGGCUCAAAGAGCAUGGCAUUCCUGGGUUGCAAGGUGUUGACACUCGCUGUCUGACUAAAAAGAUCAGAGAGAAGGGCACCAUGUUGGGAAAACUGGUUGUAGAUGGGACUCCAGAGGACAGCAUCCCCUUUGAUAACCCAGAUCAGAGGAACCUGGUCCAGGAAGUGUCUAUGAAGGAACCAAGAGUGUUCAACCCAAGUGGUAGUUUGCGAAUCACGGCAGUCGACUGUGGCAUCAAGUACAACCAGAUCCGGUGCCUGGCUCAAAGAGGAGCCCGCGUUACUGUCGUACCGUGGGACCAUCCACUGGACGCUAACGAUUUUGAUGGUUUGUUCAUCAGCAACGGUCCCGGCGACCCCCAGUUCUGCCAGGCCACCAUCAGCAACGUGAGGAAGAUGGUCUGUGUGGAUCAGCCAAAGCCUGUUUUUGGGAUCUGCCUCGGACACCAGCUGCUCUCCUUGGUGAUUGGAGCAAAAACCUACAAGAUGAAGUAUGGUAACCGUGGCCACAACCAGCCGUGCCUCCAUAACGGAACCGACCGCUGCUUCAUCACCAGUCAGAACCACGGCUUCGCUGUCGACCCCGACACCCUGCCCAGCGACUGGGACGUUCUGUUCACCAACGCCAACGACCACACCAGCGAGGGCAUCGUGCACAACUCUAAACCUUUAUUCAGCGUUCAGUUCCACCCCGAGCACAUGGCCGGCCCCACAGAUCUGGUCAGCUUGUUUGAUGUUUUUCUCGACACAGUCAAAGACUUCAAAGAGGGCAACACAGGAAAAGCUGUGAAGCAGCGUUUGAUGGACCACCUCACAUACUCUGGUGCCCCAAAGACCGAUGAGGUUGUCAGGCCCAAGAAAGUCCUCAUUCUGGGUUCUGGAGGGCUCUCCAUCGGACAAGCCGGAGAGUUCGACUACUCCGGAUCUCAGGCUAUAAAGGCUCUGAAGGAGGAGAACAUCCAGACUGUUUUGAUCAACCCCAACAUUGCCACUGUGCAGACAUCCAAAGGUCUCGCUGACAAAGUUUACUUCCUGCCAAUCACACCAGAUUACGUCACUCAGGUGAUAAAGAACGAGCGUCCGGACGGCGUCCUGCUGACGUUCGGCGGUCAGACCGCGCUGAACUGUGGCGUGGAGCUAACCAAAAUGGGCGUCCUGGAGAAGUACAAAGUGAAGGUUCUGGGAACGCCGGUCGCCUCCAUCGAGAUGACGGAGGACAGAAAGAUCUUUGUGGAGAAAAUGGAGGAGAUCAAUGAACAUGUUGCUCCCAGUGAGGCAGCUCUUUCAGUGGAGCAGGCGAUUGCUGCUGCAGAGCGCCUGGGAUUCCCCGUCCUGGUUCGCUCUGCGUUCGCCCUCGGCGGUUUGGGCUCCGGAUUCGCCAACAACAGAGAAGAACUCAUCUCCUUGGUAACGUCGGCCUUCGCUCACACCUCUCAGGUCCUUGUAGACAAAUCCCUCAAAGGUUGGAAGGAGAUCGAGUACGAGGUGGUCCGAGACGCCUACGACAACUGCAUCACCGUGUGCAACAUGGAGAACAUCGACCCGCUGGGCAUCCAUACAGGGGAAUCCAUCGUUGUGGCUCCCAGUCAGACACUAAACGACCACGAGUACAACAUGCUGAGAAAUACGGCCAUCAAAGUGAUCCGACACCUCGGCAUCGUGGGAGAGUGCAACAUCCAGUAUGCUCUGAACCCUGAAUCUGAUCAGUACUACAUCAUAGAGGUGAACGCUCGCCUGUCGCGGAGUUCUGCCCUGGCCAGUAAGGCAACUGGUUACCCUUUGGCGUAUGUAGCAGCUAAACUGGGCCUGGGAAUACCGCUGCCCCAACUCAAAAAUUCGGUCACCAACUCAACCACAGCAAACUUUGAGCCUAGUUUGGACUACUGUGUGGUGAAGGUGCCUCGAUGGGAUCUCAGCAAGUUCCUGAGGGUUUCCACCAAGAUCGGCAGUUCGAUGAAGAGCGUUGGGGAGGUGAUGGCCAUCGGCCGCAGCUUUGAGGAGGCCUUUCAGAAAGCUCUCAGGAUGGUGGAUGAGAACUGUGUCGGCUUCGACCACACCAUCAAACCCGUCUCCGAGAAGGAGCUGCAGACUCCCACCGAUAAGCGAAUCUUUGUUUUGGCGUCUGCGUUCAAAGCCGGCUACUCGGUGGAUCAGCUGUAUGAGCUCACAAAGAUCGACCGAUGGUUCCUGCACAAAAUGAAAAACAUUGCAGAUCACGAGCGACUGCUUGAGAACUACAACCAGGUGGAGAGCACCAUACCUCUAGACGUGAUGCGUAAGGCAAAGCAGCUGGGCUUCUCGGACAAGCAGAUCGCACUGGCUAUACAGAGUACGGAGCUUGCAGUCCGAAAGCUGCGUCACGAUUACUCCAUCCUGCCGGUGGUGAAGCAGAUCGACACGGUGGCGGCCGAGUGGCCGGCGCACACAAACUACCUCUACCUGACCUACCACGGCACUGAGAACGACCUGAGCUUCAACGAGCCGCAUGUCAUGGUCAUCGGCUCGGGCGUUUACCGCAUCGGCAGCAGCGUGGAGUUCGACUGGUGCGCCGUCGGCUGCAUCACGAAGCUCCGCAAGAUGGGUUAUAAGACCAUCAUGGUGAACUACAACCCUGAGACGGUCAGUACGGACUACGACAUGUGUGACCGACUUUACUUUGAUGAAAUCUCCUUUGAGGUGGUGAUGGAUAUCUACGAGAGUGAAAACCCAGAAGGGGUCAUCCUCUCCAUGGGGGGUCAGCUGCCCAACAACAUCGCCAUGUCGCUGCACCGCCAGCAGUGCCGCAUCCUGGGAACGUCACCCGAGUUCAUUGACAGCGCAGAGAACAGAUUCAAGUUCUCCAGAAUGCUGGACACCAUCGGGAUCAGCCAGCCUCAGUGGAAGGAGCUUUCAGACACCGAGUCUGCUGUGAAGUUUUGUGAGACGGUGGGUUAUCCCUGCCUGGUCCGACCCUCCUAUGUUCUCAGUGGUGCAGCCAUGAAUGUGGCAUACAGCGACAGCGACCUUGAGAAAUACUUGAGCAGCGCCGUGGCGGUAUCCAAAGAACAUCCUGUCGUCAUCUCUAAAUUCAUACAGGAAGCAAAGGAGAUAGAUGUGGACGCAGUUGCCUGUGACGGGGUAGUGACGGCCAUUGCGAUUUCUGAACACGUGGAGAACGCCGGUGUGCACUCCGGAGAUGCCACUCUGGUGACGCCUCCGCAGGAUCUCAACCAGAAAACCAUCGAAAGGAUCAUGAUGAUCGUUCACGCCAUCGGCCAGGAGCUGCAGGUCACCGGACCUUUUAACCUGCAGCUGAUCGCCAAGGAUGACCUGCUGAAGGUGAUCGAAUGCAAUGUUCGAGUUUCCCGCUCCUUCCCUUUCGUAUCGAAGACUCUAGGAGUGGAUCUUGUUGCCCUGGCAACUCAAGUCAUCAUGGGAGUCGAGGUGGAGCCAGUCGGUCUAAUGCGUGGAAAAGGGAUUGUGGGAGUUAAGGUUCCCCAGUUCUCCUUCUCUCGCCUCGCCGGGGCCGAUGUGGUGCUCGGGGUGGAGAUGACCAGCACCGGGGAAGUUGCCUGCUUUGGGGAGAACAGAUACGAGGCGUACCUCAAAGCCAUGCUCUCCACAGGAUUCAAGAUCCCCAAGAAGAACAUCCUGCUCUCCAUCGGCAGCUACAAGAACAAGAGCGAGCUGCUGCCCACUGUGAAGGCUCUGGAGUCUCUGGGUUAUGACCUGUAUGCCAGUCUGGGAACUGCCGACUACUACACAGAACAUGGAGUCAAGGUGACUGCGGUGGAUUGGCCGUUUGAGGAAGAUGAGAGCGAAGGCCCCACUAAAGAGCGACAGCGCAGCAUCAUGAACUACCUGGAGGAGAACCACUUCGAAUUGGUCAUCAACCUCUCCAUGAGGAACAGCGGCGGCCGACGCCUGUCCUCCUUCGUCACCAAGGGUUACCGGACCAGGCGGAUGGCCGUGGACUACUCUGUCCCGCUCAUCAUUGACAUCAAAUGCACCAAGCUCUUUGUUCAGGCGCUGCGUCAGAUCGGUCGAUCGCCGCCUGUGAAAACUCACAUCGACUGCAUGACUUCCCAAACACUCGUCCGUCUGCCUGGUCUAAUCGAUGUCCAUGUUCACCUCCGGGAACCCGGUGCCACCCAUAAGGAGGAUUUCUCCACCGGCACGGCCGCCGCUCUAGCAGGAGGCAUCACUCUGGUGUGUGCCAUGCCCAACACGUCGCCUGCCAUCACAGACGCCAGCACCCUGGCGCUGGCACAGAAGCUUGCCAAAGCGGGCUGCCGCUGUGACUACGCCCUGUAUGUUGGCGCUGCUACAGACAACGCUGCCACCCUGCCAUCCGUCGCUGCCCAGACUGCAGGUCUGAAGAUGUACCUGAACGACACGUACUCCACCCUCAAGAUGGACAACGUCUCUCUGUGGAUGGAGCACUUUGAGAACUGGCCCAAGCAGAUGCCCAUCGUCGCUCACGCUGAGAAGCAAACUGUUGCUGCCAUCCUGAUGGUGGCGCAGCUCUACCAGCGUCCCGUCCACAUCUGCCACGUUGCCAAAAAGGAGGAGAUCCUGGUCAUCCGAGCUGCUAAGCAGAAGGGCAUCCAGGUGACGUGUGAGGUGGCCCCCCAUCACCUGUUCCUGUGCGAAGAAAAUGUGACGGAGAUCGGAGAGGGGCGAGCGCAGGUCCGACCGAUGCUGGGAGCCCGCGAGGACAUGGAGGCGCUGUGGGAAAACCUGGACGUUAUAGACUGCUUUGCUACGGAUCACGCUCCUCACUCUGUGGAAGAGAAGAGCGCUGAGCGUCCUCCUCCCGGUUAUCCCGGCCUGGAAACGAUGCUGCCACUGCUACUGACCGCCGUCAGCGAUGGCCGCCUCACUCUAGAUGACAUCAUCAGACGUCUCUAUGACAACCCCCGCAAGAUUUUCAACUUGCCUGUUCAGGAAAACACCUACGUAGAGGUUGAUUUGGAGCAAGAGUGGGUUAUUCCUCAGUCGAUGCAGUUUACCAAGUCCAAGUGGACUCCGUUCCAAGGCCUGAAGGUGAAGGGUAAAGUUCUCCGGGUUGUCCUGCGAGGAGAGGUGGCCUACAUCGACGGACAGGUUCUGGUGCCUCCUGGUUACGGUGAGGAUGUGAAGACCUGGCCUGCUGCUUCCAUACACUCAGCUGAACCAGUUAAAGACAUCCCACUGUCUCCGGAGCGACCGCGUCCGACUCCUCCUCGUGAAGGACACGUCCGGACCAGACCUCCAAGUCCCAGACGCGUUCCGGGAGAGUCCCGUUUCCUUCUGCCGCCAAGACUCCACCGUUCCUCUGAUCCUGGACUGCCACCAGACCUGACCAUGGUCCCGCCUUCUGGUUCUGGUGACGCCUACAGUCAUCCUCCGCCUCUGUCCAGGCUGCUCUCCCCUCUGUCCGAGUCCAAACAGAUGACUCCCUCCCAGGUGCCCCACUGCCAGACGUCUCCCCUGCUUCACCCACUGGUGGGCCAGCACAUCCUGACCGUCAGCCAGUUCAGCAAAGAGCAGAUGUCCCACCUUUUUAAUGUUGCUCACACUUUGCGGUUGUUGGUUCAGAAAGAGCGAAGCCUGGAAAUCUUGAAGGGUAAAGUCAUGGCGUCCAUGUUCUACGAGGUCAGCACUCGAACCAGCAGCUCCUUUGCAGCAGCCAUGCAGCGUCUGGGUGGCUCCGUCGUGCAUUUCAGCGAUUCCACGUCUUCCUCCCAGAAGGGAGAGUCACUGGCAGACUCUGUUCAGACCAUGAGCUGCUACGCUGACGUCCUGGUGCUCCGACACCCGACUCCCGGAGCUGUGGAGAAUGCAUCCCGUCCCUGCCGUAAACCAGUGAUAAACGCCGGCGACGGCGUCGGGGAACAUCCCACCCAGGCCCUGCUGGACGUCUUCACCAUCAGGGAGGAACUUGGGACGGUCAACGGGAUGACGAUCACGAUGGUUGGAGACCUGAAACAUGGCCGCACUGUUCACUCUCUGGCCAAGCUGCUGACUCAGUAUCGCAUCACUCUGCGCUACGUAGCGCCUAAAAACCUCCACAUGCCUGCAGAAAUCAUCAGCUAUGUGGCUUCGAAGGGCAUCAAGCAGGAAGAGUUUGACAGCAUUGAGGAAGCUCUGCCUGAGACGGACGUCCUGUACAUGACGAGGAUCCAGAAGGAGAGAUUUGGAUCUGAGGAUGAGUACAAAGCUUGUUUUGGUCAGUUCAUCCUCACUCCUCACAUCAUGACUGUUGCCAAAAAGAAAAUGGUGGUGAUGCAUCCACUGCCCAGGGUCAACGAAAUCAGUCCGGAGGUGGACACAGACCCCAGGGCUGCAUAUUUUCGUCAAGCUGAGAAUGGCAUGUAUAUCAGAAUGGCCCUCCUGGCCACCGUACUUGGCAAAUAAAUCCAUAUUUCAGUUAUUUGUAGCACAACGGGUGAAAGUUUGAAGUGCUAAACUGUAGUAUUUUUAUGUUUUUUCCUGAAAAUCUGUACAAAUUUUAUUAGCAAGAUGACAUGAGAACACAACUUAGAUGAUUAGUUUUAGAGUUUCUAAGAUGCUGCUUUAAUGUUACAUUUCUAGGUCUUGGUUUUUUUUCCUAUUUGAAGCCAUUUGGUGGAUGUUGGUGGGACUCUCUUAAAGGAAUUUGAGAACAGAUUGUUCCUUUAUGCUUAUGAAAUACAUAUUCUGUUGGCUCGUGGGAUCAGUUAAAGUCCUACUAAAACCGGUUCUGCUCUGACCAAUCAUGAUACCAGCUGAUGUGGAAAAUGCAAAUUUUCUACUAGAAUAUUCCUUAAAACUUGAUCGGUGGAAAUAGAAAACACACAGGUGUUCUUUAACCAUUGUCUGUGUUUAGAAGUAUUAACUGUUACUGUCAAUGCUUUCUUGUACUGUAACUUCUUAAAAAGUUAAAAAGUUCUUAAAAAGUUAGUACUUGUGUACUUUAUAUGAUACUGAAAAGUUUUUAGUCCAAAUCUAAAAGUAUGUCAGUAAAAGUGUUGAACCUGAAAUAAAAAGAUUUUUCCAAAGCUAUUGUAAAAA